GGGGCUGGGGACUCGGGACUCGGGACUCGGGUUCGGACGCGGGGCUCGGGGACUCGGGGCUCGGCUCGCACCCCGCCGCCCGCUUUGUGACCUCACGGCGCCCGGCCGCGCGCGCCAUGUGCGGCCUCCUGCGGGGCCUGGCCUUCGUGCCCUUCCUGCUGGUCACCUGGUCCGCGGCCGCCUUCCUCAUCUCCUACGUGGUGGCCGUGCUGGCGGGGCACGUGGACCCCUUCCUGCCCUACAUCAGCGACACGGGAACGACGCCUCCGGAGAGCGGCAUUUUUGGGCUCAUGAUAAACUUCUCUGCGUUUCUGGGAGCGGCCACAAUGUACAUGCGCUACAAGAUCGUGGAGAAGCAGGGUCAGGCCAGCCUCCACGGGACGCCGCUGCUCAACGCCGUGUCGCUGGGCCUCGGCCUGGCGGGCUGCGUCGGGAUGGGCAUCGUGGCCAACUUCCAGGAGCUGGCCGUGCCCAUGGUCCACGACGCGGGUGCCCUGCUGGCCUUCGUGUGCGGCGUGGUGUACACGCUCCUGCAGUCGGUCAUCUCCUACAAGGCCUGUCCGCAGUGGAACAGCCUGUCCACGUGCCACGCACGCAUGGCCAUCUCCGCCGUGUCCUGCGCCGCUGUCGUCCCCAUGAUCGCCUGUGCGUCCCUGAUUUCUAUAACCAAGCUGGAAUGGAACCCUAAAGAGAAGGUGACGCUGGAGUUGCCCCACUGUCACUGUUGCCUGGCGGGGCGAGUCCUGGGCCCGCCACCGCCGGGGACAGGACUACGUGUACCACGUGGUGAGCGCCGCCUGCGAGUGGACCGUGGCGUUCGGCUUCAUCUUCUACUUCCUGACCUUCAUCCGGGAUUUCCAGGAUGUGACCCUGAAGAUAUCCACAGAGAUCAAGGGCGACCUCUGAAGACGUCUCCCCGUGCUGGCGCUGAGAGACCGCGUCCUCCCGGUGGCCGUCGGUGCUGAGACUGAGUUUAAGAAUUCUCCGUAGUUGUACCUUUAUAAGGGUUUGUUCCCCAAGAGAAUGUAGAAUAUUUGUGACACUGUAGUUAUGUUUUUAUACUUUCCUAAGCAGAUGCUUUUAUAUUAACAAAUUUAGACACAAAGAUAAGGUGUGACAGGAAAUGGAGAGCUUCUAUUUUUGUACAGACCCUGGUUUCUUUUGUCUUCGUGAAUCCUCUGCAGAAAUACAGUAAGUGAGAGCUGUAA